AAGGUAAAAUUGCUGUUAUCGGCAUGUAAGAGAUAAUUACUAACUAAAUAUUAACAAUAAACGUGGUCUUAAAAAAAACAUUAAUUGUUUUAUAGUAAUCAUAAUUAUUAAAAAAAAAAUCAAGCAUAAUGUAAGUAAAUGAAAACGAAAUUAAAAAUAUUUUCUAGGUAUAUGAUAUUUAUUUUUAAUAGAUUUUGAAACUAGGCAAUGAAAAUUUAAAAAAGAAAUAAAAUAAGAAAAAAUUAUACUGCGUAAAUGUGUUUUGUCUACGUUGAGUGUGGGCCAGAGAGAAAACAAAUAGUGCGCUGACAUCCUAUAACUAUGAACACGAUUAGAAUCAAAUAAAUAAAAUAAUAAUAUUAUGAUUAAAUACUAAUUUAGAAAACCGGUGUAGGGUUGUGCUACAGAUCGCCGGGACGACACGCAGUCGCUCUCGACGGAACACGGCGGUCGGCGACAAUUGGAAAUAAUAUAAAUUAUUAUAAAUUAAAUUCCUUAUCGCCCUCUAUCGGAAAUAGUUUCUGCGCUCCGUAUUUUGUAUUGCAGUUAUCUAUACUAUUUAUAAUCAAUGGUAGUACCUGGUCUAUUACAUAAUAACUGUCAAUAAAAUGAAUACUACAUAUACGACUCCAUUGAGUGGGUACAAAAUUUUUUCGCCUCAAUGCAAUAAUCCACUUUCGGUUAACCUUUUCAUUAUUCAAAGGGGACGUGUAAAAUUAUGACAUACAGAGGAAUUUUAUGAAAUUUAUAUAAUAUAACCAGUGGUGGUUUUGGUAUUAAAUUUUGUAGGAGGCAUCAUGUUGUAAUACAGGCUAACCUGUGGGGGGCUCCGCCCCCACACUCCCCUUACAACAAAUAUGUAAAAGAAUUGACUUUUCUUAAUUUCAAAAUAUGUUAAUAAUAAUGAUAUUAAUGGGUAAAAAAAACAUUAUAUACAUUAGAAUUAAAUGAUCUACUUAAUACUUUAGAACCUAUUUGGUUAGUGGACAAACAUGUAAGAUUAGGAGUUAAUUUACCUUGCCUAAGUAAAUCAUUUUUAUCUACCGCAUUCCAACGCCUAUAUGGAGUUUCCUGUAAUAAAACAACCGGAUCGUACAAGGGAUUCAUUUUACCAAAAAUAAAAAUGUUUUUAUUUAAAAUCCUAAACUCAUUCACAUAUAACUUAAUAAGAUAUAACUACAAUAGUACAAUACUAAAUGGGUACACAGCUAUAGAGUAUUGAAUAUAGAUAAUAGAUACAAAAUAUUUAGUGAUAAAAAAAGGAUAUUAUCAUUUGAUAAAUAUUAAUUAUCUGAUAAUAACAAUUAGGAAUGAUCUCGGACUAAAAUUUAAUAUUUUUCUAAUAUUAACUUCAACGGCGAUGGAUGUCGAGUGACGAGCGCUGUAGCGGAGAUUAAUAGAAUCAUUGCCUCCGUUCGAGUGUUGCGCAUGCGCAGCUUCAAUUAUUUUAUGAUUGUGUUAUAUAUAUUUAUGUGUUUGUGUAUAAAUAUACACGACUGUAUUGUCUAUGUAUUCCAGGAGGCAGCGAUAUUCAGUUGUCUCCGCUACAGCGGUAAUAGUUACUAUUUAAUCUAUUCUGUGCUUUAUUAAUUAUUAUGAAUCUUGUACGGGUAUGUGUAAUCGGUUUGCUGAGCAUUUGCCCGUUCGCGAGCGCCGUGCGGCGGGCGACAACGAAAACCAGUAAAACAAACCACUAUUUUGCCGAUGCACUAUGCAGGGUUGUUAUUUAUGUAGAUAAUCAUUUUUUUUUUUUUAUAAAAUUUUCAGAAUUCAAAUUUUUUUUAAAAUUAAUCUUAAUCUAGAUUGAAUUAAAAAUUAAUUAGGAACAAUAAGUCUACAUUUUUUCCCUCAAUUUUCAAGGGAGGCAAAGUCUCCUUUGCCUCCCCCCCCCCCAAAACCGCCACUGAAUAUAACAGGUAUCAAUGAUUCAUAGAAACAAUUGCAUUUAUGUGUUAAAAAUUAUGAGUUUAAAACUGUUUAUUUAAUUUUAAAUACGUAGAAUUGAACUUACCGAAAAAGAUGAAUAUUUUGACCAGAUUUAUACCUAUUGGCGGUAUGCGGACAUUUGGUAACCGGACAAUUGGUCCCCGUGAAAAAAUGUCGUACGCGGACAAUUGGUCCCCGUCAUAAUUUUAUACUCGGACAAUUAGUCUCCGGUGUAAAAGUAAAAUGGUAAAUGGUGUAUAUGGAUUUAUUGUCCGAGUAUAAAAUUAUGACGGGGACCAAUUGUCCGCAUACGACAUUUUUUCGCGGGGACCAAUUGUCCUAGAUCCCCUAUUGGCACAUCCAUAUGCCGCACAAGUCACUGGCAUAAUUAAUAGACACAUGAAUAAAUAUUAAAUAACUAUUUUCUAUAAUAUACCAAUAUAUAAAAACCAACUAAAAUGUUUCACUUUACAAAAUAAUUCACAUUUCACUUUACAUAUGCUUUUUCGUGCAUAACUGCGUAAUACGAAAUUUAUAAUAUUUUGCCAACCAACAAGAUGGCGACCAAGUAUUGAUAAUGCAUGAAUGCUGGUAAACGCUCACUUUGUACUGUACAUUGUUUAAAAUGCAGAACGCGGUUACUUUGUACGGUCUGGUAAAAAGGUACAUUGCAGAACGCGUCUACGCGUGAGGGCGCUGAUCAAGGUAGUACAUGUACACUGCACAUGCGCACAAGAAUCAUGGGAUUGUACAAUCAUUGUAACGGUGCGUCUUAUCAAUACUCACACCGCGUACUAUCACAGUUAGGAAAGACCGCACCACCCACCCGCAUCCACCCCAGAUGUCCCGUCUAUUAGUAUAAGGUCUAUGGUGCAUGGCUGCACUGCUUAUCUCAAUGGCGUCUGUUUGUUUACUGGCCAUUCGAGAUUUGCUCUAAACACAAUAUUACAUGACAAUAUUUUAUGACAAAAUAUAUAGGCAUGUCAGCAACUCGCGAUACGGAGGUCUGUGACGUAAGCACCUCUCAGACUAGAUUAGCGGUGGUGUGGUGGUGGUGUCAUCGGUGGUGGCGGCGGCGGGGGCGGUGGACCAAUGAGAAACGGAGGAAUGCCACGUCACAGUACGUAGAUGGGCGGAGGGUGGAUGCGCGAUACGCUUCAAAAACCGGAAUAUUGCUGACAUGCCUAUGUUAGGUUAGCUCAAAAUGUACGGUGCGUUUUUACGUUUUCGACUCGCGUAUACGGUGAUGUUCUAAAUAGUAAAUAGUAAAUAAUAUUUCUCUAUUCACUGGUCUGCAGUUCUUGCUCGUUUAUCGUUAACAGCGCCGAUGUUUUUGGUUUUUUUUUAUUUUUUAUACCGUGGUUUUUAUUUUCGUUCGUUUCCCACGGUAUUUUCUUCAACGGUUAGUCGCGCGCAGUUAGUAACACCGUCGAUACCAGUUCUCCGUUGGUGGUUGUUAACGAAGAAAACGUCGCCGUAAUCUCAACACAAGUUGGUCGGCCCGCGCUUUUUUGAGAGGCCUAGCUAGUCGUACGACACAAGCACACAUACCGAUUACUCUAAGAAGUACCAGUCAGACUUAGGACGCCGCAAUGUCCAUCACAUCAUUCAAGAAACGCGUCUGUUACUAUUAUGACGGUAACAUUGGAAACUAUUAUUAUGGACAAGGUCAUCCUAUGAAACCACAUAGGAUUUCAAUGACUCAUAAUUUGCUUUUAAAUUAUGGUUUAUACCAAAAAAUGGAAAUAGCUAGACCUUAUGAAGUUACUGCAAAAGACAUGACCAAAUUUCAUAGUAAAGAGUACAUACAGUUUUUAAAAAGGAUUUGUCCUGAUAAUAUGAACAAUUAUAAAAUACAAAUGCAAAGAUUCAAUGUUGAUAAAGAUUCUCCAGUUUUUGAUGGUUUAUACAAAUUUUGUCAGCUAUCUGUGGGCGGUUCAGUAGCAGCAGCUGUAAAAUUAAAUAAACAAUCUGCAGAUAUUUGUAUCAAUUGGGGAGGUGGUUUACAUCACGCAAAAAAAUCUAAAGCCAGUGGCUUUUGUUAUGUUAAUGAUAUCGUACUUGGUAUAUUAGAAUUGCUUAAAUACCAUCAACGAGUGUUGUACAUUGAUAUUGAUGUCCAUCACGGUGAUGGUGUUGAAGAAGCAUUUUAUACAACUGAUAGAGUUAUGACAGUUUCAUUCCACAAAUAUGGUGGCAAUUAUUUUCCUGGUAGUGGAGCUCUCGAAAGUAUUGGUAAAGGAGAAGGAAAACACUAUGCAGUUAACAUUCCCUUAAGAGAUGGAAUGGAUGAUGAUAGUUAUGAAUCAAUAUUCGUACCAAUAAUUACUAAAGUAAUGGAGACGUUCCAACCUAGUGCAGUUGUAUUACAAUGUGGAGCGGAUUCACUUACAGGAGAUAAGCUUGGAUGCUUUAAUCUAACUAUUAAAGGUCAUGGCAAAUGUGUUGAAUUUGUAAAACGUUAUGGCUUACCCCUUCUUAUGGUUGGCGGAGGUGGUUAUACUAUUCGAAAUGUAUCUCGAUGUUGGACAUUUGAAACAGCUGUGGCCUUAGGAGCUGAAAUUGCUAAUGAAUUGCCAAAUAACGACUAUUUUGAAUAUUUUGGUCCCGAUUUUAAACUUCAUAUCAGCCCUUCGAAAAUGAAAAAUAGAAAUACUACAAAGUCUUUAGAAAAGAUUAAAAACCGACUCUUUGAAAACUUAAGAAUGCUACCUCACGCCCCAGGAGUUCAAGUCCAAGAUAUACCCGAAGACGGAGUACGCAACAAGUCAGAAGAUGAAGAUAAUGUUAACCCAGAUGAAAGGAAUCCUCAAUCUAUUACAGAUAAAAAAAUUUCACCUGAUAAUGAAUUUAGCGAUAGUGAAGAUGAAGGAAUGGCUCCUGGUGUAGGGGGUGGUGGCCGAAAAGAUAAUAGAUCUUAUAAAAAUGUCAAAUUUGCUAGAAAACGAGCAUGUUUGGACUCGAAUAGGACGGAAGUCAAUGAACCAGAAUUUAAGAUUCUAAAAGAUGAUAAAGAAGACAAAUCUGAUAGUUCUGAUGAUUCUAAUAAAAAGGAUGCUGUCAAGUCUUGAAUUUAUGACUAAAAUAUAUAAUAAAAUUGUAAAUAAUUAAAAGAAAAAAGUAAAACAAUGA